UUUGCGGGGAAGUUACCACCUCUUCCCCAGACUUUGUACACACACACACACACACACACACUCUCAUCGGGGUUUUACCAAAGCAGCAACGGGGAAUAGAGAGCCAGGACCGCUUGUGAUGCUCUGUUUCUUUCUGGAUUUGGAGGGAAAGAAGGUUCCGCCCGAAGCUUUCUGUGUGGACUGAAGCGUUUCAGGGGGGGGGGGGGACAUUUCUUUUCAUCACGGACCGGGCCGGCCAAAUGAACGGUUCAGCCUGAGGGCCGAAGACCGUCGCGGGCCCUGAUCCAACAGCGAAGGGAGAGGAGGACAGAGAGGCGGGAUCCUUUAUCUAACUUCUCUCACACCGCCAGCUCCACACGACGACGGGCUUCGAAGCCUGAUUUUGUGGUGGGAGGGAUUUCAAAGUCAAGGUCGCCAUGGACGUGAAGAAAAAAGAGAUGGACCUCUUGAGCAACAGCAUCGCGGCGUAUGCACACAUCAAAGCAAACCCAGAGAGCUUCGGCCUUUACUUCGUGCUCGGGGUGUGCUUCGGCCUGGUGCUGACGCUCUGCCUCCUCGUCAUCCGCAUCUCCUGCAGGCCACGGACCAGCCUCGCCGCCGCCCCCGCCGCCGCCGCGCUGGAGAAAAAGCACCACAAGGGCCUCGGCGAGGACGAGGAGGACGAGGAGAGCGACGACGAGGACGAGGACGAGGGCGAAGACGGGGCCGACGUGGAUGCGGCGGCCGCCCCCCCGCCCUGCACCGAAAUCCCCACGGCCGGCCGCGGCGGCCAACCCAACGGGGCGCUGAGCGUCAACGUGUUCGCCUCGGCCGAGGAGCUGGAGCGGGCCCAGCGGCUGGAGGAGAGGGAGCGCAUCAUCCGCGAGAUCUGGAGGAACGGCCAGCCCGACGUGCUGGGCUCGGGGACAGGCACCAUCGGCAGGGUGCACUACUACUGAGACACGCCGGGGCUUCCAGGGGACGGGCCUCCCCCCCCCCCUGCCCGCCAACUCCUGUGAGACGUCGCAAGGAGGCGGGACACACCUUUUUGAGGUGUGAAAACGGGUAAAAGUAUGAACCCAAGAGGUGUCUCUGAGGCUCAUUGGUCCACGUGGACACGGUGCAGUGGGAAUGCGGGAGCUGACGGACACUCGAAGCAAUCGGUCCGUGCGAAACGCACGCCGCUCAGUGGCGGACGCCCGGGUCGGGUCGGUCUUGGUCGGAGGUGGGAGAUGAAAAGCGGAUUGUUGGGACAACGUAGGUAACGUUGCAAUGAAGAAAGGACGAUCUCCUCCUGGGAAGGGAAACAGUCCUUUUCCUUUUCAGUCGGAAAGGAAAAGAGAAGGAAGUUACACACAAACACAUAUUAUUCAUCGUGGGGAGUCAAAUUACGUAAUUUGACGGGAAAGAAAAUUAAAGUAUUAAAGUAUUAUGCUUAUUAAAUCCUUUGCUGUUGUUUCUCUUCAUAUUGCUUGGGGCCAUAGAUUCAUAAUCAAGGCUUAAAUUUGAGCGUUGGAGAACAGACACGCACGGCCCCCAAAAGGGGCAGACAUCGCCCUGGCAACCGGGAGAUCCCCCUGGCAA